UUGUACUGUACACAGAUUUCUCAUUUUGAUAAUCUCAAAGUUACGUUUUGUGGCAAUGUUUUCUUCUCCCGAGAAUAGUGGUGAUUUCGAUAAUUCACCACCUCCGCCACCACCACCACCACCACCACCUCCGUACGCAACAAGUCCAUUUUAUCAUGAUGAUCAUAAUGAGGAAAAAGAACCUGCAGACCAAGAAGGGCAUGCAUCAAAUUCAUUUUAUCAUGAUGAGGACAAAGAAGCUGACCAAGAAGAGCGAGAAAAAGAAGAAGAAGAAGAUCCGGAAGAGCAACAUUAUUUAGCAGAGUUCCUCGAUGAUUUGCUGAUGGAGCUGCAAGAUGAUGAGGAUGAUGAGGAUGAGGAGGAUGAGGAACCAGCACAGAAGCAGCAGAACUGCAACUUCGGGUAUAAGUUUCGACCCACUGACUACGACCUCAUCGUGCAUUAUUUGAUCAAGAAAAUCUUGGAUCAACCCUUGCCUUGUAAUCGGGUUGUGGAUGAUGAAGAUGAACUACUCUAUCGCUGCACCCCAGAAAGGAUUGCAGAAAACAACAGCAAUUAUGGAGAAACUGCAUGGUACUUUUUUACUCGAAGGAAACAACAGUAUCGAAAAGGAAAACGUCCAAUUCUAGCAUCUGGUGAUGGAUAUUGGAAGGCCAUGGGAGAUGACAAGGAAAUCAAAUCCAAAGAAAUUGUAGUUGGGUAUAAGAAGAAAUUUGUUUUCUAUAGGGGAAAUCCUCUAAGCGGUGACAAGACAAAUUGGAUCAUGAAAGAAUAUAGAAUUACUCAUCCUUCUAUAGAAAGAAAUCCAAGAAUUAAAAAUGGCAAGAGGAUUGAUAAAUGGAUUUUGUGUAAGCUUUAUAAGAGAAAGGAGGGAAUAUCAAGGAAGAAUCGUACCCAAAAGGCAUGUUCCAAAUCUCAUGCUAAUGAAAUGAUAGAACUGAGUCCAUGACAAAUGUUGAUCCGAAAACAGAGAAAGUUGAUACUGUCCAAAAUAAGUGUCAGAAGCUUUCAGAUGACGAUGAGCCAAUAAGCCAUAUGAAUGAUUACUAGCAAGUAGCAACUUAGUGGCUCUUUGAAUGUUUAGCAUGAACCAAAGUUUUUUAGUAUUAAUGUUUACCCAUUUACAUAGUCAUCAGCGUGUGAAACAUAGCUUCUAAAUUGUUUCACCAUAUCUAGUUACAUUGGCUGAAGAAACUGUUUGGAAGUUUGCAAAAGAGAAGGUGAACGGUCCUCACAGUGGAGUGUAGAAUGCUAUGGUUUGCUGUAAUUGAUGACCAGAAGACUUUCUCAUCUAAUGCUCUAGUUUACAGUAGGUGCUCUGUAGUGAUGUAAUGGCCUUUGUCAUUGGCAUUUGUUUGUCUUUUUUGUUUCAAUCAGUAAGCUUGGCUGUACAGGAGUUGUUUUGCUGUGUCAGGGCUGAAUAGCUCUGUUGUUUAGUUUGGAUUCUUUACCUGUUGUUCCUGUGUUUGGUCUGUAUUGGCCUGUUGUGUACUUUGAUUGAUCCCAAAAAAAAAUGGUGAUCGGUCCUCUCUACUUCCCAACAAAUCCUGCAGCAAUUGUGAUUUUGAACUUAAUGAACAAUAUUUGUUCUUUGCUGAAGUUUAUUACAGAUUGUAAAUCCUGGUUUUUGAUUCAUCUCAAUAAGUAUU